UACGGUUGCCUCAUCUUCCUUUUGUAUCCAUUUCCACUUAAUUGAAUCUGACGAGCGAAAAAGCUUUUAUCUCUCAUACCACACGUUCACGUUCGUCAUUUCCCCUCAUUUUUGGUGUUUGGCACAACACACAUUGACAGGUCUCCAUACGCAAUAAAAACAGUCAAGCGAGCGGUUUCGAUAGCAAAACAACAACAUGAUUGGCAAGCAAGCAGCAGUACGUUUAAAGAAUUCUUCGGCUGAUCGGAAUUGUCAUCCGAUUCUAGAUUGUUUGCACAUUGUUUUGGAUAAAAAUCAAUACGGUUUGAGAUUAUUGGAAAUUGCAUCAGGCACUGGACAGCAUGUGGGAUAUUUUGCACCUGCAUUCCCAAAUAUUGCAUUCUAUCCAAGCGAAUAUGAAACAUCGAUGUUUGGCAGCAUUCGUUCAUACACCGAAUCGUUGUCAAAUGUUGCUCUCCCAAUGACGAUCGAUGUCAGACAACCGUUUGGCACCAAGUGGAAUUGGCAUGUGGCAAAUUUGCAACCAACCAAAGUGGCUGGCACAUUUGAUUACAUGCUCAACAUAAAUAUGAUUCACAUUACGCCUUGGAGCUGCACCGAAGGUCUAUUUAAAAAUGCAUCUGGCCUCCUGAAACCCAAUGGUAUCUUGAUCACAUACGGCCCAUAUGCAUCGAAUGGUGUUCUUAUACCCGAAAGUAAUGUGAAUUUUGAUCAAUAUCUACGCUCAACCAACACGGAUUGGGGCGUUCGAGAUUUACGAGAUCUGCAACAAUUGGCACUCACCUACAGCAUUUGUUUGGAGAAAAUCUUCGAUAUGCCAGCCAACAAUAAAGUUUGUAUUUGGCGCAAAAGUUCACAGCAAACAAACAACGCACACACCACAAAAUAAAACAACAAAAAACAAGUGGAAAAAAAAACAUGAACAAAUCCAUCAAAAUGAAUACAAUCAAAGCAAUAAUGAUUUUAAACAAACAAAAAAACAAAAAAAAAACGUAAGUUUCUGUGUUCACCAAGUGAAUGUUAAUAUUUUAAUGGGAUACGUACGUUUAUUUAUUGUUAGAAAACCCCUUAUCCAGAGAAGAACAGAAAACAAAUACGUGUCCAAUUGAAAUGAAACAAAAAUUUUUAAACUGAAAACGAAAAUAAACAACAAAAAUUUUAUCAAUGAAUUUUACAACGAAAAUUUACCGCACAUUCAAAACGUGCUAUGUAUUAUGUAUGUUUGCGAUGCCAAGUUUAUUUUUUGUCUUCUCUUUUUUUUAUUGUUGUACUUACCCACACUUAUAUAAGAUUACCAGCGAAUUUUAGUGUAACAAAAUAUUUUAAUUGCAAACAAGGGAAAGAACAACAACCAAUGGCACUUGUUAACAAAUUGAAAUUGAUUCGACUGAUGAAAAAAAUGAACGCCGAAAUGGAAAUGAAAAUUUUAUUGUUGAUAACCACCUUAUAGAUGACCUGAAAAAGAAUUGAAUAUUGUUAGAAGUUUUAUUGAAAUCAUAUGCUAUGGAAAUGAAAAUGCCAAUCGAAUUUUAUACUGUUAAUUUGUAUCUCUGUAGCUUUUUUGCAUUUUAUUGAUUGAUUCUUUUGUUCUCUCUGUCUGUGUCUUGUUUGCAAUUUUGCUGACAUUUUGAUCGUAUCAUGUUUUCUUCUUUUUUUCUCAAUUUUUAUCCGAAUCUCGUUUUUUCUCCAUAUUUAUUCUGAUUAUUUUAUAUUUUAAGGAAAUUUCGCUUCUGUUUGUUUUUUUUUAUCCCUGCUGGAUAAUGCAUUGCAUUUAAUUCGACUCCUUCAUCACCAUCAUUUUGUUUCUUUCUUCGUUUUUUCUGUGUGUUUUGUUCAAUGCAUUUUUUUUUCUAUGAAUAUAUAAUUUUUAGAUAUUAUAUAUGAAGACAUAUAAACAUUACUCGGUUAUACGUAAUAUAAGAGAAAAAUUGUUUGUUGAAUUUUAAGUUCCUUUCCCAAUUGUCAAUUGUAAACAUUGGUUAAUGUGGUCAUCGAUAAUAAAUAGCAUUUUAUGACCAAUAAAA